ACCUUUAACUGGAAGUGGAUGAAAAUAUGAGUAUCAAAAGUGCUGCAAACUCCGAAUAAUCGGUCCGAAAUUUUAAUCAUGCCUGCUCACGUUGAAGAUAAGUCCCAUCAGAAGCCAGAGGAGCAACGCAAUACGUUGUUGCACCUUCUGGUGCUUUAUUUCAAGCUUGUUGGUUUGUUGCUUGGAGUUUGGGUUCUUGGCUAUGUUGGAUUCAGUGCAAGUUGGGUGUUCAUUGGACUAUUCAUCUAUAUGUUCAAUGAUAGAUUCAAGAAAAAGAAACAGUUCCAGAUAGAAAUUGCGCAAGCGCUUGCAAAGGACGAGAAGAAAGUGAUACAGGCGAGAGUUGAGGACCUUCCCUCGUGGGUGUUCUUCCCCGACGUGGAGCGGGCGGAAUGGGUCAACAAGAUCUUGGAACAGAUGUGGCCGUACAUUGGAGAAUUGACAAAAAAUAUCCUGGUGGAGAAAGUUCAGCCACAAAUCAUCGCCAAUCUACCAAACUCGCUCAAAUCAUUCAGAUUCGUCAAAAUAGAUUUGGGAGACAUCCCUCCCCGGAUAGGUGGCGUGAAGGCAUACAUAGCAAACGUGAAACGAGACGAGAUUGUGAUAGAUGUCGAUCUCAUAUAUGCAAGUGAUGCUGAUAUCAAAAUUUCUCUAAAAGGUCUCAACGCUGGUAUAAAAGAUUUACAGAUCCGAGGUGACCUCCGUGUGAUACUGCGGCCGCUCAUUCCAGUGCCGCCGUUAAUAGGGGGCGUAACUGUCUUCUUUUUAACAAACCCGCGUGUCGAUUUCAACUUGACGGACAUAGCCAAUGCCCUGGAUAUUCCAGGAUUAAGUGAUACCCUACGGAGCAUCGUCCAAGAUCAGAUCGCAGCGUUUUUGGUGCUCCCUAACCGAAUCCCCAUCAGCCUUGCCGAGAACAUCUCCCUUUCGAAGCUCAAGCACCCAAUGCCCCAGGGCGUGUUACGCAUGCAUGUCAUUGAGGCGAAAGAUUUGAGAAAAGCAGAUAUUAAUGUAUUCGGCAAGGGCAAGUCUGACCCUUACGCAGUGCUACAUGUUGGGGCAUUGACUUUCAAGACGAAAGUGAUUCCGAACACCUUAUCACCCAUGUGGAACCAGUUCUUUGAGGCUGUGAUAGAUCAGAGAAGCGGGCAGAUUCUACAGUUCGAGGUCAUGGAUGAAGAUCAAGGCACCGAGGACGAUUUCUUGGGAAGAGGUACUGUUGAAAUUGAGAGCGUGGCAGACCGAGGGAUGCUGGACUCGUGGAUUCCUCUGGAUGAAGUCAAGACCGGUCUGGUGCACUUCCGAUUGUCUUGGUUACACCUGAGUGCAGAUCCAUCGAAAUUGGCUGAGUCUAUCCGUCAGGUGCGUGCGGCCCCGACCGCAGGACUCUCUGCUCCACUCUCCUCCUGUCUUGUGGUAGUGACCGUCGACUCCGCCAGUGGUCUACCGAAAAGCCGAAAAGGCCUAGAGGAGCCUAACCCCUACGCCGUGUUGAACUGCGGUGGGAAACAGGUCCAGACCCGCAUCGUCGAGGGCACCAUCGACCCCAGGUGGGAAGAGAGCUUCAACUUCCUCAUCAACGACCCUAACUUGCAAAACUUGGAUGUGGAGGUGAAGGAUAAGAAGAGCGGGCGUCGCCUCGGUACGAUGAUGCUCCCUCUGAAACUCUUACUGUCAGAAACGAACAUGACGCAAGAACAGCCCUACCACCUGCAUUGCGAUAGUGACCCGGACGCGCAGAUCACCAUGAGAGUUGUUCUGAGGGUUCUCACGUCAGAAACUCCACCUGACUUUCACGAAACGACCGAGAAUCUGUUAAAGCCCCCAACGCCUUCCACGUCCACGCCAACAAAAUCUGAACCAAUCGAAUCAACGUACGAUGUGGUUGAUGCACCGAUACCGGAGGAACCCAUCAAGAUGCCCGAGCCUGAUGCGCAUUCGAAUAACGUUGACACCGGCAUGGAGAUUCGCAAACGGAAGUUAGAAAAAGAGCCUUCUAUAAGUUCGGCAGGAAUUGCCGGCCUGGGCAAAAUUCAGGUGACGAUUAGAUACAGUCCUCAGAGGAAUCGUCUUAUUGUUGUUGUACACAAGUGUGUAAAUUUGAUGCCCUGCGACUCGGACCACCUCGCCGACCCGUACGUCAGAAUCUAUCUUCUGCCAGAGAAGAAUACGCUUGGGAAACAGAAGACGAAAGUGAUAAAAAACAACUUGAACCCAAUUUUUGAUGAAACAUUCGAAUUUGCGGUGAACCAGCAGGAUCUGGACACACGGACGUUGGACAUAUCGGUGAAGAACUCGGUGGGCAUGUUCUCCAAGAGCAGACGGAAUAUUGGCAGCGUUUUCAUUGACCUGAUGAAGUUUGAUCUCUCGAAGGCUGUCACUGAAUGGUAUGAUCUUGAAGAUUCCCAACAUGCUAAUGCCAGCUCAGUGUCAAUUGAAUCAUCUUUAUAAUGCCACCUACCAUCCCUCCAAGUUGACGCUUCCCAAGCCUUUUACCAUAUCAUUCAGAGUAGUCCAUGUGUACUAUAGGGGUGAUAACUGCUGCAAUAUUGAGAAGUUUUUCUGGCCAAAUAUAUUUUGCCUUCCCUCCAAGUUGACUCUUCCGAAGACUUUUCCAUAUGGUUUAGGGCAGUCCAUUGUGCCCUAUAGGGGUGAAAUGUGGUCAAAGUUAUUUCUUCCUUUGCCUUUUCAUUUCAUUACCAAGUGUUCAAGGUGGUCCUUGUACAUUUUGGGGGUUAAAACUGCUGCAAUAUGUGAAGUAGUUUUUUACUUGAAACAGUACAGUAGUAUGCAUCAUAUUGUUUUCAUUCAAUUCCAUUCCACAUUUGAAAAACUGACUGGAGACGUUUUCUGGGACACUCUGUAGGUCACAAUGUACAGGGUGGCCCAGAAUUAUUUUCCCUUGCACAAUGAAAUUCUAUUGUGUAUUCGCUGUGUUAGGGAAAAUGAUUCUGGACCACCCUGUAGUCUCCUCAUGUUGUUUGAUUGUGUUGGUACAUUUGUGAUGCAUACCACCACUGCCCUCUACAUGGGAACUCAGUAACUAUAAAAGAGUGGCACGAUAUCAUAAAUCAACUCCUGCUUCUCCCAGAUGAAUCUUCUGCAAAAUGAGAAUAUUGUUGUCUAAGAGUAACAAUCAUAGUGACAGAUCAUGAGUCGGCAGCAAGUUUGUAAAAAGUGAAUUAUAUAUAUAUUUUUUGUACAAUUGUAUGUAUUGGUGUAGAUGAACAUUUAACUUAUUCAAGAAUUGUAUUGUAUUACCGAUAGUUUUAGCUGAGGUGUUUUUAGUUGGAUUAAAGAGGGAUUAUAAAAGUUCUGUAUGAAAUAAGUUGAAACAUUAUUCUUUUAUUGACAUUUUCUGGUUGAGUCAGACAGUUUCUGAUCAGAAUACUUGUAACAAUUUCUGAGAUUAAAAGUCAAAUUUCAUUGUUGAGGCUUUGAAAUCACUUGGUGAACAAGGCCAUUCGGCUGGCUGUUUCCGCUUUGUGAAGCGGGUGUGGAUUUCUCAAGGAGUAUAUCAAUUGGCUCAGGUGUUACUGUAUGUUACUUUUGGUUGGUUUCUGAGGGGGCAUGUUGGGCUGUAAUUAACUGGGCAUAGAACUAAUUGGGUAUGGUGUUCACCUUUUGCCAUAUUCAUAUACUUUCAGGUUUGACCUUCAAUCUGAGGACCGAGAUGAUAAGUCUGUCGAUUCCAUUGUCCCUGAUAAAGAUAAAGAGACUAUCAUUUAAACUCUAAAUGUGCUUCUGGCCAGGGCAUUGAAAUCUGCAAUAAAUUAACCUAUGUGUCACUUUAAGAGUUCUUCCAAGUGGAUUUGAAUCGGAGGUGUGCAUGUUGACAAGAACAUUUACAAUGAGGACAAAAGUGUCAUAUUUUGUAAAAAAUGUUCCGCUCCUCUUACCACCGCUAAUUAGAGUUUUCAAUCAUAAAUGUGCUUAAUUUGUCCAAUACUUUAUAGUGUUGCUUUACAUGUUUAAUUUGCUUCUGCUAGUAGUUCAAAAUUCACAAAAUUACAACAGAAGUCACUGCACAAAAUUUGGAGCCACGUGUAACAAAGUCCCCAAACCAUCUUCCUGCGCCCAGUUAAUGCUGCUGUACACUUCUUCAACUUCAAGGUAGACACCACUUGUCAAAAAUGACCCUUCCAAUUGUUAUGUUCACAUACCUGUUAUGCAGUAUCGUUAUAGAAAGUCCAGUGCAACUAUAAAUACUUUAUCGAUUAAUCCAGUAGUUUAUUAAAAAGGCUGUAUUCAACAUGCCUAUCACCCAUACAUGCUUAUCGUUAGCUUAUGGAUGAAGCUUUACCUGGUUCUCUACCAGUUACCAUAUAAAAGUAGAUGCGACGUGAUGUUGCAAGCACUGCUUAGUGCACUAAAAGCAAUUCAGUUUAACAAAAAUAAUCGCGACACUGAAAUGAAAUAAAAGUUCCUCCCUUGGCCUAAGCACCUUUAGAAGCCUUGUUUUGUCCCUGUCUGAAAUUUUGACACGACCUUUGAUGCAUGUCCUCAAUCCUUGGCUUUCCAUCUCGGUGUGGUCCAGUCGCCAAUCAUAGUCUUUGUGAGCAUUUUAUACCAACCCCUACAACGGUCGAGUUGCGCAAGAGGUGUGAAUUGAUUUCUCAGUCGGUGUCAGUCACUGUCUCAUCUGAAUUGAAGAAUACAUCGCCGUCUGAGACCGAAUGAAUUAAAAAUAUAAACAAAAUCUGGCACUUUUAUUUUUUUCAAGACGUGUCAUCUGUUCCAACCUGUCACAAUCCUGAUGAACGGCAAUGUGGACUGAUAUUCAACUUGACAACAAAAUGAUUUGAAAGUCCUUUACCUUUUUGAUUGCCCACGGUCAAAAGUGCUCAUAUGAUUAUUAUUGGCCUCCUGAUGCAUGAUUUUAAGUUCGAACUUUACUCUGUGUACCAAAAGCACUUUAGAAUUGACCAGAUAUUCAUCCUAAAAAGCAGGGGCUGUUCGCUGAAUGUUCAUUUGGUCAGUUCUGAUUGUUACUACUUUUGGGACACGCUGUAUAUUAUUACACAUUUUUUGGUACACCCUUCAUACCAUUACUGUCUGCCUCUUAACAUUUAUGCUUUGGUGAGGUGAAGGGGGGCCUUGUAUAUUAUUAUCAGAGUUCUUGAAUGGGAGGCAUAGGCCCAAUUUCUGGGCCACAAUGCCUAAAUGAUGAUGAUGAUAAUGAUGAACAAGUACAUGUACUGUAUAGUGCAUGCACGGCAUGGCAUGGCAGUUCAAAGUAAUAUACUGUGCCACCAGAAAUUGACAAUAGGCUGGUGAAAUCCUUUUUGGGUUGGUGAAAUCAAGGGGCAAGGGGCGAAAGGCUCUCCUCAAUUUCAUCAGCCCACAAAAGAUUCUGGCAAGUCUGUUGUCAAUUUCCGGCGGGAACCGAUGGGUGUGUCUAUUUGAAUCACCGCACUGAAAUAGACUAGGACUUUUCCUUCUCUGUUUUUUUUGUUACGGCCUGUAUGUAUUGAUGAGAUUUGAAAGAUGAUAACUGUACAGUUCCCAUCACAAUCGAGAUACCCUCUUCUCCACGUCAGCAGUACGACCUACACUCUAGUGCAGCAUAUGCUGUACCUGUGCAGCAUAUGCUGUACCUGUGCAGCUUACACAUUGGUUGCAUGCAAAUUGCUGUGUAGGUUUGCAAAACAUGCAUAGAUCAUACGGUUAUCCCAUUGUAAGAAGGUGCGUUUAAGGUGCCCACAACUUACAUAGAUUGUGGUUCGAGCGUUCAGGCAACCUACUGCAGGAUUGUGAGUUUCGUAUACAUCGAGCAUAGCAUACACACAUUUCAGGAUGUCAAUUGUGAUUGGGACUUUAUGGGUUUUUUUUCAAUGAGAUUUCCCACCGGUUUUCUUCUAAGGUUGUGUUGUAGGGUAAUGAGAACUAUUGCAUGGGACUCUAUCAUUUUGAAAGGUUUGCUUUUCAGGAAUAUUUAUCUUAUUUCGAAUGUAUUGAAUAAUUUGUGGUAUUAAGGGUAGUAAUGAAUUUGUGCGAUAUUUAUUAUAAAUGUAUAUUUGGUUGAUUUGGGGUGAAACAUCAAUUGGAGUGCUUAAAUUGCAUUUGUGUACUCAUGAGGUUUGAUUACGCUGCUUGUGCCAUAAGGCACCUAUUCCAUAGAGCUAUACCCUAUACUAUACUAUACGCGAACAAUAGUUUCAUGGUCAUGCACCCUUUGUGAAGCCAUUGUUCGCGUAUAGUGUAGUAUACCGUAUACCUCUAUGGAAUAGGUGCCUAAGAGAUUAACCACCAAAACUAUGUGCUAAAAUUGUUGUCGCCUUCAGUGUAGCCACAAUGUUUAAGAAGUAACCUAAAACUGGUAGCAAAGUACAUAUACAUUUAGGCAGGUAGUUAGAUUUUAAAAAUCUGUAACAAAUUCUCAAUUUUAUUUCUGUUUUAAAAAUGGCAAAUGUGGGAGAGCCCACUAUGCAGACAAAAUAAUUGGUGUAGCCUUCUGUCUACCAAGAAUCAUGGUACUCAAUUUUUCUGUAUAUAACCAAUGUGUGAAGAGCUCUAGUUUCAAUUUACGCUCUGAUUUGUUGCCACUGUAGAUUAUUUAGUAAAUUUUAUUGUGUAAAUAAAAUGAAAUGUAAUGUCUAAA